AUGACACCCAUCGAUGCAUUUUCGGAAGACGAAAACAUCCAGGAGCUUCAGUCAUUGGUAGCAAUAUACCCUAGCACCAAGAUCGAUUUUGGUCAAAAGCUGGGCUCUCUAGAGAUUCCUAUCCAGUGUGAUGAUGAGGUUCAAGUUCAAGUAAAGGUCUUGGCCUCAAACCAAACUGUCCGCACAGCUGAAGUGAAGCACUUACCUGCUGUGAUAUUUCUGUUCAGUCUUCCUGAAACUUAUCCUCAUGAACUGCCCCCGAAAUUCCUGGUCACUUGCUCGACUCUCUCAUCUGACAUAUUACAAAUGCUUCUGACAGAACUAUACAAUUUAUGGGAGAUGUACCAUGACCAGGUUAUUUACAGUAUGAUUGAUCUUUUGAACUCCAAACUCGACUCUCAACUAGAUAUCAUGAUUCCAGAGCUCAAAAUUGACUGUGGGACCGACGAACAACGUUAUCAUGAAUUCGAAGAAUAUAACCGAUUGAAAAGCAUGGAUGUAUUCAAUUCGAACACAUAUUUGUGCCAGAUUUGUCAAAAUGACAUCAAAGGAAUCAACUGCUCGAGGUUUGACGACUGUAACCAUAUAUUUUGUAAUGCUUGUCUUGAGGACUUUUUCAAGAGUCUCAUUCUUGAGGGUGCAAUUGAAAAAGUACACUGUCCGGAUUUCAGGUGCACUAGCAAGUCCGUCAAAGACCGAGACCAGCUCUUACGGCUUGACUCUCCGUUCAGCUCCAAUUUUGAAAUUUUCAAGAACAAAGUUCUUAAACCUCCAAUAUCAAUUGAACAACUUUCUCGCAUAUUGAAUUCCGAUGCAUUGACAUCACGAUAUCAAGAACUAUUUACCAAGCAUCAAUACGACGUCAUAACCAAGCUAUUUCCGAAAAGACUCAUCCAGUGCCCAAGAACUGGCUGCUCAGAGCAGAUAUUCAGAGAAAACGUUAGUGACCCACUAGUAAGGUGUAAGCGAUGCAAAUACGCUUUUUGCAGCGACUGUCAGCAUUCUUGGCAUGGAUCCUACAAAAGUUGCUCUUCGAAAGUUGUUGGAAAGUACGCUGGAAUUCCAGUUGAGGCGCUAGAUCAAUGGCUCGAAAUGUCAGACGAUUCAAUUGGUAAACGUAAGUUGGGAUACCAAUACGGCCGUGCCCUAAUGAAAAAAACAGCAGAUGAAUACUUGAUGGACCGCUUGUUAGAUGACAUGAUAAAUGACGGGUCUCUGGGCCUUCAUCGCUGUCCAACUUGUGGCUUGAUCAUUGAACGAUUAGACGGUUGCAACAAAAUGUGCUGCUCUUCAUGUAGAACCUUCUUCUGCAACUUGUGCGGAUGUUAUCUAGAUCAUGGUGAUCCGUAUGGUCAUUUUCGUGAUCCUCGGAGCUCUUGCUACCGAAAGUUGUUCGAGGGAAUGCCUGGAGUGGACUAA